AUGUUAUCAUAAAAAAAAGAACAAUUUAGGUAGUAAAUUAGGAAGCAAAGAUUAGAAGAACUUUUUAUGGAAAUAAGAAAAAGAAGUAUUUAAAAAUGUGAUACUCAGCAAUGUUAAGAUUAAAUGGAUGAGGAAAUAAUUAGUCUUUGCAAUUAAAUAGAAACAGAGCAAAAUUUUAACAUUUCCAAAUUUCCUCUUCUAAAAGAAAUUUUAAAGGGAGAUUUAACAAAUUAAAGAAUACUAUUGUUAUAAUUGAUAGUGAGAAAAUGCCAAGAAACUUAAUAGACAGAGGUGAUAGAAACACUUUUUGAAGAUUUUCAUUUAGGGUAAAAAAUUUUGGAGCAGUGCGAAAAAGAACAAAAUUUAGAAUUUUUAGAUGAAUAAUUAUAUUUACUUGGAAUUCUAUCAUAGUCUUCAUUAUUAUGCUAAGCUUCACUUAUACAAUUUUAAAUUGUUCAAAUUCUUAAUAAGAUUGUGGAAGUAGAAAUUGAGUCCGAUGAUAAUUAUAUGUCAACUUUUAUGUACAUAAUAACAACAUUUGUCGAACCAAACAGCAGAAUUCCAUUUUAAGAUAUUAAACCACUAAUGUCAAUUUUAGAUAAAUUAUGCAAAAAAUUGCGAGGAAUAAAUUAUUUAGACAUAGAAUUUGAUUUAGAGAACAAUGAAAAAUAUUCUGAAACAAAGCAUUCAUUUCUUAGUAGAAUCCUCCUAUUUUUUCGAUAUUAUAUUGAUAAAUCUCAAUUCACUGCUAACUUAACAAUCUAUUAAAAUGUUUGGAUAAUCCUCACAACUUUAGCAUUUAUAGUUCAAGAAUAAUACUCAUUAAGAUAGAGUGCAUUACAAGUUAUUUGUGAAUCGAUGAAACUAAAUGAUCAAAAUUUAAAAUUUGAUAUUAUAGAAAAGCAUCCAGACAUUUUUUUUCAAUUACUUACAAUUAUCGAUCACCAUUCAUCAAGUAAUAAAGCUACUGAUAAAUGUAUAAGAACUUAAGCAUCUAUUAUUAUGAAAUAAUUGUUUUGCGAUUAAUCUUAAUAUAUUAUUUAGAAUAUUCAUUUAAAUUAAAUACCAUUACAAUUUUUGUAAUUGAUUGAAAGAGAAAGUAAUUAUAUAUUUUAUGUUAGAGGAUCGCCAAGUCUUAUAUCAUUAAUUAGAUGCCUUAUUUCUCAUAUGUUCUAGUAGCUCAUUUUAGUAAUGCAUCGAUUUAUAUAAUAAUGGAUUAUUAAAUCUAUUAAUAUCUCUAUAUAAAGAAAUGAAAGAAUGGCAGGAUUUUAUAAUUAGUAAAGUUUUAAUAAAAUGUAAUUAAUCUAUUUAUUAUAUUUAGUAACCUUUGCUGUUAUCCAACACAAUUUAAGUGAUAAUCGUAUAUUGAACUUUUUAAAAUAACAUAAACUCGCAAUAUAUUUGGAUGAUAUAGUAAUAAAUUGCAAAAAUGAAACUACAUGUCAAAGAGCGAAUCGAAUACUUAAAUAUCUUUAAUGA